AUGGCAUUCGUUAAAUCACUCAAGUCAGACCCUCUCGGCAUCGUGGAUGCUCGACUGAAGAUGACGGAUCCCCCCACGGAUGGCUUCUUUUCGCCUUUUGCACCAUCGCCAUUCACUAGGUUUGAUCGAACUGACGAAACACAGCCAGGUGGCCAGAUAAAAGCAGAAGCAGGCCCAAAGCAAGCCCACCGUGGUUUCGAUUCCAGCCGCCAAUGUCCUCGACUUGAGUUGGAUGUUGAUGUGGAUAAGUACCACACUCUUGAUGGCGCUGAGCCCUUGAAUCCCCAAAACACACCCGCAUCACACAGCGAACGAGAGAGCAUGGAGGAACCUACUGGGUCCUUUCGUUGCUAUAAAAUGGAGAACUUACGGACGAGCUCUGCACCCCAGAUGGGGGAGUUCAAUUUCGAUUGCUUCCAAGAUUCGCCAGAGGCAAGCUUGGUUCGUCAAGACGAUGGAAGCGAAUCCGCCAAACCCUCAAAGUUGCGACGCCUUUCCAUUGGCCGCCGACAGUGGAUUAAGUAUCCUGUUGCUGCCCUGGCGAAUCGUCACCCAGGCGUAAAUGCCAGUAACUUUGAGAAAUCUGCCAAAUCAGGUUCACUGCUGCGAAGCGUUCGAUUUUCUCCUGCCGCCUCGCUAUCUCCACCUUCUCGUGCGACACGUCGUCCCCUACCUUCGAUUGAAAGAAGACAGGAUUAUGUUGCUUUGCAUCGACAGAAGAAACAAUACCGGAAAUGGAAGCUCACUCGUCUCGCGAACUCUCAAAAGUAUUCACCCUGCAACAUCCCUCCAAAAACAACACAGUCUCCGGCACCCCGUAUUCCAAAGAACCAUGAUAUACGUGUCUCCUCCCUUUCCAGCUUGCCAUAUCGUGAAACACGUCGAACAUCAUUCUUCACUCGCGUCGGCUCGGAUGCUAGUGCCCGGGAAGUGAGAGCCGACAAUGUGGGCGACACUCCUGUUGCAGACGAUUCGAAAAGUGUGGGUAACACCAAGCAGAAUACCCCUGCAUUUCUUGCGAUUUCAUUUUCGCUUUACAGAAUCCGACAUGCGCCUAUUUCAUCCACUGAGAAACCACCAAGGUACACUUUCAAAUUUCGAAUGACUCCAAGUGAUCUCCCUCAACAACCCUCUCCGCAUUUCCCUACCGAAUUCGAACACAUCGCUUGCCACCCAGUCAUCGAUGACUUGCUAUUCCACACUUGCUUCAUCGUCCCGGCUCUUGUUGUAUUGCUACCUCUCCGUGUUAUCUUCGCUGCAACACAUCCAUUGGUCAACACCCGAGCUGGCGCUGUAAUGCUCUACCUUGCCAGAGCUUUACUGUAUCUGCUGAUCAACAUCGUCGUUUUUGUGCUGUUCAAAUGUGGAGUGUCUUGCGGCUGCCAGUGGAAUCCGGACACUGGCCAUUCGAAUUGA